CUCGACUUGAACACGUCUGCGGUGACACUGAUGCUGAGGAUCCCCUGCAGGCUACAGGAUCAGUGUUGGAGUCGCCAGCGGUGCGCGUCAGUUUGGAGCUGGUGUGGACCGGUUGCAUCGUUUUUUAAAGUUUCAACCCCUGCUGCCUCUUUCAGCGCAGUGGGACUUAUUCCUCUGGAGAACAUUGAGAAUUGAGGACUUUGUGUUUUUUGCCUGUGCUGCUCUACUAUGGGGGAGUCCGUGCGUGCGUAAUGGGCAGAUAUGUUUUCGCUCUGUGGAAGUUCAGCCGUGCGCCCGCUCCCCUGACCCAAACUCCCAUCUGUGCGUUCUGAUCAUCAUCCUCCUCUGACUGAACUCUGCGGGAGGUUUCAAACGACAUGGCCAGCGAGCGGAAACCGCGGCUUUGUGUCAUGGCUAAAGGGGACAACGGGUAUGGAUUUCACUUGCAUGGCGAGAAAGGGAAGAGCGGACAGUUCAUCCGCAAAGUGGAGGCUGGCUCCCCCGCAGAAGCGGCGGGGAUGCGCGCCGGGGACCGAGUGGUGGCAGUGAAUGGAGUGAACGUGGAGAAAGAGACGCAUCAUCAGGUGGUACAGUGGAUCAAAUCCAUUGCCAACGAGACCAGGUUACUCGUGGUGGACAAUGAGACACACGAAAGUCUUCGGAGCCUGCGCCUCACGGCUACAGAGGAGAUGGCUGUUGUCAGGAGGGGCCCUUCGUCCUCUCCCCCGGUGUCCCCGUCCCCGUCCUCAGUCCCGUCCACCCCGGGCAAGAAGCGGGAGAACGGCUCGGUGUCCAAGCAGCCGCUCACGCUGAGCGGCCAGGUGCAGAAGCCCACCAGGAGGUCGCCAUCGAAGGCAGCUAAGAAGGAGGCUCUUGCUCAGGCUGACGCUCACGUCCACGCGCAAUCCCAGCCACGGCCCCAGGUCAGCCCGUCUGAGCUUGUGCCACGUCUGUGCCACCUGGUGCGGACGGAGACGGGCUACGGCUUCAACCUCCACAGUGAACGCUCAAGGCCCGGACAGUACAUCCGCUCCCUGGACCCAGGAUCACCCGCAGACGGCGCCGGGCUCCGGCCUCAAGACCGACUCAUUGAGGUGAAUGGUGUGAACAUCGAGGGCAUGCGGCAUGCAGAGGUGGUGGCCUUCAUAAAGAAAGGCGGAGACGAGACCUGGCUGCUGGUGGUGGAUCCAGACACAGACGAUCACUUCAAGAGGAGGGGGGUCAUCCCCACAGUUGCUCAUGUCAAAGACUAUGAUGGUCCGUCCAUAUCCAACGGCUCCCCCAGCCCUCAGAUCAACGGCAGCUCCACCACACAGUCCAUCAGGUCCACGCGCUCCGACCUCAGCAGCCAGGGCAACAGCACACAGCUGGCGGACGAUGAGGGCAACCCGUUGUUGGAUGCCUUCGCUGAGAUGGGCCUGAGUCUAAGCGCCACGGCAGCAGAGGAAAAGAUGAAGGUGCACGCCAAAGAAAAGAGGAAGGCACCACAGAUGGACUGGAUGAAGAAAUAUGAACUCUUCAGUAAUUUCUGAGACAGACCCCUCACGGGACACUUCACAGAACAAAGGACAGAGCUGUCUGCAGCCCUCUGCGUGGAUGAGUUUGUGUUACUGGAGAAUAUUCUUACGACGCUUAAGACGCCUCGAUACAACUGAACAUCAUUUGUUCCUGGAAUGAAAAGUGACAGAGGGAUAAAGUCGUUCGAUGGAUUUUACUUCAGCCACUUAAGAGACUCUUAAACUGUUAAAUGUCCCUCAUCAAAGUACAAUAAAGUGUUAACUGUCCCCAGAAACUGACAUGUACACAGACAUGUACUUUUAAACACGUUUUCACGAAUUUGCCUCAAUCCCCAUCCCUCUUCCUCUACUUUUAUCAUUCCCUUUCCUGCCUAUUCUCCGAGAGACUUGUUUCAAACAAAUGGGGGAGGCAAUUAUUUUUAUAUUUAAAAUAUAAAAACUAUAAACUACAGAUAAGCAUUAUCCCAAAAUCAUGGUCUGGAUCAUGGACUGGAUUUCAGAUAGUUUAAUGGAUACUGUGACAUUAAUGAUUGUGGACUUUGUCAGUCAGCUGAAGCCCAAACUUGGCAGAAGAUCACUGUGAAUGAGCUGGGACCCUCCCCCCCGCCUCCAGCCCACCUAGAUGUUUAACCACUGACUGAGAAGAGGAGGGCUGCGUGUGCUGGUUAUGUAUAAUGUACUCUACAUCUAUUUGUACUUUCACAAGGAGAUAAUCAAGUUAUCCUCAGCUUAAGCCCACAUAUAUGCACCGGCUGAACCGCUUCAGAUCUGCCUUGCUUUAUUCAGAAAGAACCAAUGUUACUUGUUAUUUAGUAUAAAAUACGCUAAUACGUGUAUCACCACUAACUUCUUUCCCCAAAUUGAGCUCCAGUGUGCAUAACAAAGGUAACCACUACUAACAUUAAAUGCAUUUCUGAAGGAAAUAAUAGAAAAUGGAGGUUUCUCAGGCCGAGCACGUCGAUGAAUGAGAUUUAUAUUGUUGAGAGCUUAAAGCAACACUAUGUAACUUUUACUAACAACAGCGCCCUCUGUAGACACACAGUUUUUUUAAUGUCGAGAGAAAGUAACCCAUCACAGCUCUGACUGCGUAGUCCCGUAGUGAACAGUGGAUAUUACCCAUGACCCCCGGCUUCCAUAACUAGGAGAGCUGCAGCUGUAAGAAAAUACACCAAAGUCUGUUUAAGGAUUAUUGAUACUAUAAAAGUUUCCCCACUGACAACUGGAGAUAAACGCUGGUCCAAGCUCAGUUAUGUACGUCUCGCGGGAGAUUGUACCCGCUCACCAAAGUUAGAUUGAGCAAGAACAGGUGUUGGUGGUGAGCAGAGGGAAUGAAAGCUUCACCAUUCUCCCUUUUCCAAGUCAGUGUAGUGUUAAUAUUGAAGCUGCUAUUUUAAGGGUUAAAAACUUGCAUAGUGUUGCUUUAAUGUGAACAGCAGAGGGCAAACUUACACCACAAAUACAGACAUAUUUUUGUGGGUUUUUACCUGGAGAUCAUUUGGCAUCACACAAUGUCCUAGAAAAAAAAUAUGAAUUCAGGUGAGGUGGAGGAAAGAAACUCAAAAUGAUUUGAGGAUUUAGGUAUUAAAGAAUAAUUAUCAUUAAAAUAUGUGAAGGACACUUUUACUUUUACUUUAGUUAUUGUGUUACAUUUACACCUGUAACUGUGAAUUCAAAGCAAGCUCAUAUAAAUGGUGGAAGGUGAUUGUCAGUAUAAAUGAUCAACUAUAACAAAUUAAACUGAAUGAAUUUAAAAGGGAUUUUCUCAGAACAUAUUUGUCAAGUAUAAGAAAUAAGUUAAAUUGAUGAGGAAAAGAGUCGCACAAUGACAUACCUCUGCUUUCUUUCUUUUCUUUCCAGUUCACUUCCUGUCAAUACCUUUGCUUCUGACCUGACACCCCCACAGUACUUUCUUGUCCUUAAAUGCAUUCCUCAACCUUCACGUUUAGCUUUGUAUAUAUUGUUGAUUGUAUUUACAAAGUAAUGUAGUUCAUUUUUUAGCAUUAAUGAUAAUCAGUGUCUUAUAAAAUAGCGUGAUUAGCCAGCCAGUUAGCCUAGCUAGCCACUAAAUAAAGAGCACAUACAAUUUAGACCACUUUCCACUGCUUUAGCGACCUAAAGCAGUGGAAAUCAAACUAGCUGGCUCGCUGUUACACGGAGCGACAGACAAACAAUUUACGACACUGAUAUGAUAACAAAAACGAUAAAAAUGCUAAAAAUAAACUUUUAAAACGGACGGUAAAUACUAUUUGUAGCGUCCAACAGUAAGGAGCAUACAAGACUCUUUGCUUGCAGGUCCAACGUUAACAUGUCCAUUACACAAUUAACAAUAUAUACAAAGCUAACUGUGAAAGUAAGAAAGCACUGGUGGAGAUCAGGUUGGAGGUGAAAGUAACAUUAGUCGAGCAUUUAGGGGAAUCAAACCAACGGGCAUUGCGGAAAGCGGGAGCACCUCAUACUACAUUUUGCAAGACUCAUUUUGGGAAAGACAAAGGUUUGAAUAGUGAAACCUCUCUAAAUAUGAAGCUACACUUGGCAGCAGGUUAGCUUAGCUUGGAAACAGGUAGAAACGCUUAGUGUAGCUCUGUGUAAAGUUAACAAAAGCUAGUUGACAACAUCUCUAAUUCACACCUAUUGUUUACUUUGUGCAAAAAAGAAAGUUUGAACACAGAAAAUGUGUCAAAUAUAAGGAUUUGGGCUUCUGACUAUCACUAACUUUCUCUGUGCUAAGCUAACCUAGCUUGCUACUCACUGUAAAGCUUUCCAAUUCACAGAAACGAGAAUGGGGACAAUUUUCUCUGAAAGGCAAAAGAGCAUAUUUGCCAAAAACUGUCCCGGCACAUUCCUCCGGGUCAGGAAAGAAAGUGGGAUUAAGGCUCAGAAGUGCAAAGUAGCAGAUAUUAGGAUGAAGGGAUGUGAUGAGGUAUCACAUGAACGGUGUGUGUCAGCGUGGUUACAUGAUGGCGUACGGGAGACGCACAGAGUGAGGUCAGCGAUGCCCUGGAGGAUCUGGUCAAAGAGACGGUGGGAGCCAUGGGGAUUACCGAGGAUUACUACACAUACAGGAACAGCUGUCAUACACAUGCUCGCACACAUUCUGAGCACGAUGUCUGUGAACAUAUGUGUAGGGAGGACGUCCACCACGACAACCCUAAGCAAUGCUGAUGUAAAGGCCUAUGUUACAACAAGUGGGACUGCAAGUUGGAGAAAUGCCAUGUAUGCUGACAGCUUUAGUUGUAAUUUUUUUUUUUGGUGCCCAUGCUUUCAUACCCUUGUUCUUACUUUACAGAGCCCACACGGAAUGUUCUGGCUCAUCUCUGCGUGAAAUGGUGUAUCUUGACAAACCACUGUUACCAUGGCUGCACAUGUACAUACAGUAAAAGCAAACAUUAUCGCAGGUUGUUUUUUUUCUGUUUUUUUUCAAUAAAG